GGUCUCGGAGCCGGAACCGGGUGACCUUGUGCGGCAGAGCGGGGCUGCUGGCGCCGCGGCCGGGGAGGCUGGGUGCGGAGACGGCCGAGAUGGUGGAGGACGGCGGCGAGGAGGAGGCGGAGGGGGACAGCGGGGAGAUGCCGGCGGCCAGCGCCGUGCUCCCCCUGCAGCGCUGCAACGGCUUCCUACCUGGCAAGGUGGCGGAGGACGGCGGGCGGGCGGGCGGCGGGGAGCGGGCGGAGGCCGAGGCCGAGGCCAUGCUGUCGGCGGCGGGGGGCCGCGUGGAGACGCGGCUGUCGCGGCGGCGGCUGGCGGUGCUGGCCGUCUUCAGCAGCUACUCGCUGGUGAACUCCUUCCAGUGGAUCCAGUACAGCAUCCUUAGCAACGUCUUCGCGGUCUUCUACGGCGUCUCCUUCACGCAGAUAGACUGGCUCUCCAUGGUCUACAUGGUGGUCUACGUGCCGCUGAUCCUGCCCGCGACCUGGCUGCUGGACACCCGCGGCCUGCGCCUCACGGCACUGUUGGGUGCCGGCCUCAACGGGCUGGGCGCCUGGCUCAAGUGCGGCAGCCUGGCCCCCGGCCGGUACGCGCUGACCCUGGCAGCCCAGGCUGUCUGCGCCGUGGCACAGGUCUUCAUCCUGGGGCUGCCCUCGCGCAUCGCAUCCGUGUGGUUCGGCCCCACCGAGGUCUCCACCGCCUGCGCCGUGGCUGUGCUGGGCAACCAGCUUGGCACUGCAAUAGGCUUUUUGUUGCCACCUGUUUUGGUUCCAAAUACACCGAAUGAUAUCGAUCUAAUGGCACAUAACAUCAGCAUCAUGUUCUAUGGAACAGCGAUAGUAUCCACGCUUUUGUUCUUCUUAACAGGCGUUGUGUUUGAAGAAAAGCCCAAGUACCCUCCUAGUCAGUCUCAAGCAGUCCUGCAGGCUGUGCCUCCCGAGGAUUACUCCUACAAACAGUCAAUUAUUAACUUGUUCAGAAAUAUUCCAUUUGUACUUCUGCUGAUCAGUUAUGGUAUUAUGACUGGAGCAUUUUAUUCUGUCUCCACACUAUUAAACCAGAUGAUAGUAACGCAUUAUGAGGGAGAAGAAGUGAACGCUGGGAGAAUUGGCUUGACACUGGUGGUGGCAGGAAUGGUGGGUUCGAUUAUUUGUGGUUUGUGGCUGGAUUACACUAAAACAUACAAACAAACUACUUUGAUCAUUUACAUUCUCUCUUUCAUCGGAAUGCUGGUAUUUACCUUCACCCUGGACCUCGGAUACCUUAUAGUAGUGUUCGUGACCGGAGGAGUACUUGGGUUCUUCAUGACUGGCUAUCUCCCACUUGGGUUUGAAUUUGCUGUGGAAAUUACAUACCCAGAGUCUGAAGGCACUUCCUCAGGUCUCCUUAAUGCAUCAGCACAGAUAUUUGGAAUCAUCUUCACACUUGUCCAAGGAAAACUCACAACAGACUACAGUCCUCGUGCAGGAAACCUCUUUCUUUGUGCUUGGAUCUUUGUGGGCAUUAUCUUAACGGCUGUAAUAAAAUCAGAUUUGCGAAGACACAAUGUGAAUUCAGGGGUAAUGAAUUUGGAUGUGAAAACUGUACCAGUUGAGAGUCCUGUUGAACCUGAAAACACUGAAUUAAAAAUUCAAUCAGCUUUAUAAAAGCUCAAAGAAGGUGGCUUUAGAAACGCACAAGUUUAGUUGGCUACUGAACAAUAGUAAUUGGUGUAAUCACUGGAUUUAUGUGUUUGAGUAGUAAAAUGUGUUUGGUGGUACUGGUGAUUGUUGCGUGAUGGAAACUAGGAAGAUGCUCAGUUCAUUUUGCCCAUGAUGCAGGCAGUUCACUUUUGUAUGGAGUAUUUAUUUUAGCAGGUUUCAGGUUUUGCAGUUUCAUUACUAGAGGACUGUGUGAGCACUCUCCAAGCGUCAGGAGACAGGUACACUCAGGAUGCAUACUUGGAAAAAAACUGGAAUUCUGAAGUACAGUCGUCACGAGCAGAAGUAGCUGAUCUCUUUCGGUUCAGUCUUUGCCGGUGUGUUUGACAAGGCAGAGCAGGUGGCUCCACAGCUGGAGGAUGUUCACAAGUUCCUUUUUUAAAUGUAUCUGUAUUUUUAAUAUAAGGCAAUGGUUCCUUCUGGGAAACUGUCUAUAGCACAACGGUGAAAACAAGAGAUGACUGCAAACGUGUGUGUUUCAGACUGACAUUGCUUUUGCCUUGAAACUUCUCGAUGGGUAUCAGAAGGCAGAUAAAAGAAAAUGCCGUCUGACAGAUUCAUUGUAACAUUUCCAGGGAGACUUAGAGAGUCUCCCACUAGGUAAAUUGAAGAAAAAAAACAUUUCUUAUUAAAUACAAAGGAGGAGAAAGGCCUUUGUCUCUACUGUGGAGUAUUUAUAGGCAAUGGAACACUACAACACAGGUUGCCUCCACGUUUGAGUGCUUUCUCAGUUAAAGAGCGAGAGGAGUGCGUGUUUACAAAGAGCUGGUGCCUUUACUUUGUAAAGAAGAUCCUUGCCUCACCUUGAAUUUAAUCAGUGCUGCUGAAGAAAUUCCACAUUGUGUGUUGAACCUUCUCUGAGUGUAUCAGAAACCUUGUUCUAUCCUUUUGUGCAUUUAUUUCUCUGUUAUGAAUCGUUUAAUUUGUCUUAGGGAUAUUUUUGUGCUCGUACAAUUUAAAUCAUGUGCAGUUAAAAGCUGUAAGGAUGAGUGAAGGGAAAAUAGUGAUGUUUCACUUUGAGGAAAUAUUUGCUGUUGAUAUCAUACAUCUUGGUUACAAAAGGAGCCGACUUCAUUAACAUU